AUGGAUUCGACUUCCUACCUUGCCGCUCUCCCCUCCGAGAUCCUGCAGCUCAUCAUCGAGCACACUCAUGCCUCAGGCCACUGGCCUCUUGCACAGACAUGCAAGCAUAUAUACCUCAACUCUCAGCCGAUCCUUGGCCGACAUCGUAAGGCGCACCAGGAGUUCAGGAUCAGCUGCGAUCUCGACCCUAAGACUGUUCCUAACCUUUUAUGGAGUGCCUUAAGCCCGGGCGCAGCCUCGAUUGACGCUUGGCACGUCAGAGAGUUUGAGGUCUGGACUGAUAGGAUAAAUGACGAUCCCUGGGAGGUUGAUGCGGACACUGGCGACCUCUGGGUGGUUGAGGAGAGGGAGCCCUGGUCAUUUCCUGACGAUGACACUGACUACUUCUUAAAUCAACUAUACAAGGUGCCGGAUUUCUUCCCCGAGGACGAUACAUAUUAUGUCCAAGUCCGGGAAGAGCUUAAAACAGGCGCAGAUACCUUCCUCAAAGCCUUCCUGCUGGCCCAUCUGCCACGCAUCCAGGCCCUACGCUAUAUGCGGAGCCCUGAAUCAGAACAGGUGAACUUCAAAAGCCUGUGUCUUAUGAUUUAUUGGUGCAAGCUUGCUGGUAUCUGGCUGCCUGGGCUUGAAGCACUGCAAAAAGUUUACGUGGGUGUAAACUCUCGUCGAAUUGGCGACACCACGAUUGAUGGCAUGAUCUUGCGACCCGAUCCCCCUUCGAGGGAGCUCGAAGAAUUUUGUGCUCUGCUGUGUCUCCCGAACCUAUCUGAAGUAUAUUUUGCCCACUUGGACGGGAAUUCCGAGUUCAGCAGCGAGGUUACGGAUCUCUUCCCAGAUGGCCUUCAGCCCCUGCUUGACAAGACAUCACCAGUCCAAACCAUCAUCAUCGACAAGCUAGAAGCCAGCCUGAGCGAACAACUGAUGGAAUUUAUAACCAAAACCCCAAGCAGCCUCAAAAAUCUCGCCAUCCGGUUCCACCGCUUCAACGAGUACGGUAAUUGCAGAAGGGACGACACCAGUGAUGGUGAACAAAGGUCCCAGGAGCUGACGCAAAAACUCGCCCAGCACCAGCACUCAUCUCUCCAGCGGCUCUGCUUCUACACCGAGGCCGUCCGCGACGGACUAUCGGAUUGGAACUGGGUGGCACCAAGCCAACGUGUCAUGUUUGAGGAUAUCCGCGUGGCCUACUUCUCCUGGAACAUCAUUGAAGAAGAGGUAGCGGGUCGAGCUGCAGCAGUGCGAUCCCGGUCAGAGCUUCUGGACCAACUUCUUCAGGUAUUUCGAUCUCAGUUCCCGGCUACAAUUGAGAUGGUAUGUUUCAACGGAUUCUCUCGAAGUCGCAGUAUCUUCCAAUCUGGGGAGUUCGGUGACCCGUCACUAGAUUAUGUGGAUGAUGCAGUCGAGGCGAUGAUUACAUCAGAGCGAUACAAGAAUCUCAAGGCUGUCCAUUUGCGGGACAUCCAGGCUGAGGCUACACCGGAUGAAACCCCUGACCAUUUCCCCUUCCCCAAGACCAUGAGGGCGGCGGAGGAGCGGGGGGUCUAUGUUCAUGUAAAAGGCAGCAAGCCUCCGUCCUGGUUCAGCUUCAAGGGAGAAUUCAUCCCGAUACCGACAAGAGACUGCAUGGUGACGGGUCAGUUUUUGCCCGAGGAGGAAGACCCCUACCUUGUCCAUUGUGCCUGGGAGGACCAGGGAAUGCCUUUGAACGAAGCAGAGUCUCCCCAAGUAUAA